AUGGCUCUACCUGAGGAUAUUUUUCAGAUCAUCCUCUCGUACGUGCGGUCCUUUAGGGACUUGUCUCUUAAAAUAAGUAAUGUGUUGCCGCAGCAUUUUUGGAAGAAUGAGCUCAUGCUAGCCAGUAAGGGGCUUCUGCCUUGGCUAUGGGAUAUAGACACUCAAAAAAUAGAUUGCAAAGCAAACGAGCCUUGCCCGGGAGGCCAGGGCUUCGAAUGGAAUUGGGAGCUCCUCGUCCGGCAGUUAACUUGCGGCGUGGAUGGGGGUAUUCGUCUCGAUGUUCCAACCCAUAUUGAUGUCUUUGCACCCGGCCCCACUCGCGGAGAGUUCCAAUACGAUGAAGACAUAUGGGCCUGUACUGGUUACCACAAUGUCCUGAAACAUGUCCCUAAAGGUUUACACAAUCGUCGGCGCAUAUGGCAGCUUCUGGAGGAGGUAUUCGUUGGUGAUCAACUUCCAAUAGCCGGGACGCAACAGCGACAGCCAAAAUACAUACCGGCUAGGGAGAUGUGUGUCGAGCUGCCAUGGACUAAAGAGGGAAACCUUAGAGAUUCUGCAAUAUGGCUUCCAUCAAUAAAUCAGGAUGGCUCUUACGUCCGUAGGAUUGGCGGUGAGGUGUAUAUGAUAUCCGAACAAAGUCCAUUGCAGUACUGGCAAACAAAGGAGUAUAUGGCGCAAAACGGCGGACCAUGGGAAGAUCCGGUCGAACCAGCAUCUAUUAUUGAAAUCUUGGAAGUGAUUCGAAAGCUCGGAUAUCCUAUAUAG